GCCGGGCGGCCGAGGGGCGCCGCCGCCGCCGCUGCUGCUGCCGCUGCUGCUUCUGGCGCAGAACCCCUGGAGACCUCCAGACUCGGCCAUGAAUGGACACACUGUCCCGUCAGGCGACUCCGGGCACCCUGGCGGGUGGAACGAAUUCUGCAAGCAGCACGCCAUCGCCACUGCCCGAGAACUGGCCAGGGAGUACCUCCACUUCGUCAGCGAGAACCCCCAGCACGAAGUCUUGGCCGUGGAGAACUUCUCCCUUCAGUUUGCUGACCUCUUCCAGCAGUACUUCCGCCACGAGGUGAAGGACACGUACGGUACGGAGCAGUUCCGCAUCCUGCCCUUCAGCAGAGUGCGGGACUACCGGGAGACGGGCCAGAAACAUGCGGAGGGGUCCCCGGUCACGGUUGGGACCAAGGCCGAGGUGGAAUUGUUGGACCAGGUCAACCGGGUCUCUGAGGUCCGCUCCGGUGGACUUCCCAAGUCUUGGAGUUCUGAAGAACUGGCGGCACCGGCCUCUCCGUUGGCCGUCAGGAGGCCCUUUUCUCUGGACCGGCUACGGCGGAGCUGGCGGAGCUUGUUCCGCCGGAGAUCCUCGGAGCCGGGCCCUGGCGAAGGGGAGAUGGCGGACUUGGUUCUGAGAUCCGGCUUGGCCCGGAAGAUCUUCCCAUGGGCCAUUUCCAGAGACUGCGCCUUGCAGAUCCAGAAAGAAGGGAUCCUGAAGUAUAUGAUGGUGACGGAGGACAGUGGAACCCGCUGGCAGAAAUGCCGGCUGGUUUUAUACAAGGAAGGGCCUCCCGACCGCCAGAAUUACACCUUGGCGCUAUUGGACCCCCCCAAG